AUGGCGUCAAAGGAGAGCCUGGAGAAGAUGAAAGGACGGCAGGAGUACCGGAAUCUCUGGCACACCGACCUGCUCAGUACCGCCUCUGCCGACUUCCCCUGUAAGAUUCUCGACACUGUCUUCUUCUUCGGUGAAUGACGGGAUCGCUGAUUCAAGUGUCCUCUUUCUUCAUCCUCUCUGCCGCAGUCUGCUGCCUCUCCUUCUGGUGGUGAGUGUUCUACUCCGAUUUGGUCGAAUGUUUCGUUUCUUUAAAUGUGUAAAUAGAUGGGCGAGCGCCUAGAUCUUCGUCUGUCGUCUCAUGGUUAUUGUGAUCGGGGUGCUCAGCACGUUUGCUGGCGUUGGUUCUACAUUAAAGCUCCUUGAAAUCGUGUACAGAUUUACUGAUUUUCCCUCAUUCUGCUUAGAUGCAUAUCGAGUGGUAGCGUGUGAUCCCGGAUAUGUUUGCUAUUUUUCCGUGUUGUUAUCAGUUCUCUUUGCUCGGAAAUCGAAAUUUAUAAGCAUAAGACAGAAAUUUUAUUUUGGGUGUCUCCAUGUGAGUUUGAUCUCUUUAAUUCUUGUAGCCCUCAGUGGCCAAGUUAUGGCUCAUCUUGUUCAUAAAGCCUUCCGUUCGCUCAUCAUUCUACUGUUCACUGGAAUCCCCAAUUGUUCUAUAAGAAACAAAAAACUCCCAAUAAUUGGUGUUGGCGAAAGCAAAGAAUAAAAAGCCCGAUUCCUAUUCGAUAAUUAGCUAUUUUUUUGAGAUACUUUUCGAAAUGUAAUCUCAGUGAAAUUUAUCUGACGAUUCUCAAUUAAUCCAGCGACAGAUGAUCUAUACGACUAUGAGAGAUCUAUGCACUUAUCAUUUGUUUCUUCCUUGUCCCAUCUGUGGAAUUAAGCGUUUCUUUGAUUUUCGUUUCAUCAAUUUUUAAGAUUUGGCAGAAGAUGUGUUUUGAUGCAUGCCUUCUUGAUGAGACUACCUCAAAGAGUUUUGAAGUGUUGAAGAACAGUACCUGCGAACUCAACAUGAGAAAAUGCACUCGAACUGUUUAUUAUGCUUUUUGUGCUUGAUGCUGGAUAUUUUUGACAUCUUUUAUAUCUUUAUCCUCGGACUAUAUUUUAUCUGUUUGAUAUAUUUUUUAAAAGUUUGCAUAUUUUUUAUUUUUCUUUAGCAUAUAAGUUUUAUUAGUUGUGCGCUUGUUUUAUUGUAGCGGACCGUGCAUCUCAUACCACCUACGGAAAAGGGCUCUUUACAAUGAUAUGUCUAGGUAGUGUCUUUUUCUUCCCCAGUUUUACCCGUUGUGCUAUGACUUGAACUUUUCUUUGUAAAUUCAUUCAACAUGCUGGUAUGUCUGCCCAUGUAGGUAUGUUUGCUGUGCUGGGUAUAUUCCAUGCAGUGGCAAGUGUGGAGAACGCAAAUGUCCCGAGUUGUGCCUUUGCACAGAGGUUACUGUGAUUUUCCGAAUUCUUUUUCUUUGGCAUUAUUGUGCGCAUGAAGCCGAGAGACAUUACCUUCAACCCAUUGAGUUCCUUGGUGGCCCAUAUUUAUAAGUUUCGUUGGAAAUUUUUUGCUUCCGAGGAUGUUGCAUAGAAAACCAUACUUUAGAUGAUAGGCCAUUUUUAUACUCUUGGCUUUUUUCAAGAUUAGGUUCAUUCACUGCAAAUGCGUGGUCAGCUUCUUGAAUUUAUGUUCUUUUGGGUAAUUUUCAGUUUUAAAAAAAUAACAUUAAAUAGAAAGAUUUGGAACAUAGAUUACACUUACGUUAUUUACUUCUGUGCACAGUAGAACAGCAUGAAGUAGAAAGUAGUUCGCCAUUUUCCUAUUUUCAGAACUGUGAUCAGUACACUUUGUUCCUAUUUCCUGUCACUAUUUAUUGGUGGAAAAAUAAAUGUGGGGGGCUCUUCCCUGAAUCUAUGUUGUAGUUCGCCAUUUACUUAAUAGGAGCCAUAUGAAUGAGGCACAUGGUUCGUACAGCAUGUAAUGAUGAGUUCACAGGACAAAACCAGUACGUGAUUCAGUAACCUUUCACAAGUCAAACCCGGAUACUGUCAAUUGACUUUAUCCAUUCGGAUACUAUUUGCCGUUGCCACUGAUGAUUCGCCAUCCAUUCCCCUCACCACCCCUACUUUCUUUUAUGUCACUAGGCAUUGCAGGCCGAGCAUAGUCCCUCUUUCAACUUGUAACUGGUUCUAAGAGGAACCCAGGUUGAGUCACUUAAACAAAUUCUCAAUCCACUGAAUGCAGGACAGUCCAGAAUUUCCUAGAAUUUGGUAAUCAAUCGCUUCUCAUAACGUGUAACCAAAUCUGUGAAGAGUCCUUAUGAUAUCUCUUCAGUUUCUCUAAAUCACUGGUGGCCUACCAAAUUUCCCUAUAUAAGGGAAGCCUUCCGACUUGCAUGUUCCAAGUGACAAGUGGAGCAUGUCGUGCUCAGUCUCUUACAUUGUUUCUACUGCUCAGAUUUUACCAUUGGUUGUUUUCAUCAUAUGAGGAUCGAGUGGCUGAAAAGGAACUAUGUUAGAGAAAUUGAAUAUGGCAGUAUUCAGCUUCCUUGUAUAGUAAAUUGGAUGCGGAUGUCUUAAUCGCAUCACUUCACAGUCUGAGUUGCAAAAUAACGAGCAAGAAUGAUGUCUGAGGAUGGUUUAAUGUUUGGUCUUCCUAAUUUAGUUGAGCCUACAACAUCACCUCUGCCAGUGUAGCCAUAAUUCAUCAACUGGAGCCACCAGUUCAUAUCCAUUUCUAAUUGCAAUGUAAACUCGUCUGAGGUAAUGCUGAAAAUUUAUGGAAUCAUUGGCAAUCAUGGAUACUAGUUUAAUAAACCUUUUGUCUUAUAAUUUAUUGUAAAAAUUAACCAUAUUUCGUUCAUAUCAUUUCCUUAGUCAAUUUUAAAUGUUUUUGCAAAUCCGUUUUCUAGCAUAUGGGAAAUAAUGCCGCUUGCAACUCUAUCAUAUCAGAUGAGGAACAGGAAUAAAGUAAGUUUAGUAAGUGUGUGAUUUUGCCACUGAGGAGUCUAGUUUGGCUAAUCAUGGAAUGCACGCUUCUGCCAUUCAUGAGAGGAAAGAAAUGCAAUAUCACGUGAGAACAAACAUAGAGAUGUAAAUUUGUUUCUUGACAUCUUUUAUACAAGUGUAGAAGAACUUGUUUUACUGGCUGAAUGAAACGCUACUGAAACUAAAAAAAUUACUGAAGGAGACACCAUUGUAGAAUGGGACAAGAGAAGCCUUCAAAAGAAAAAAUAUUUCUGCAAAAUCCCAGUGAAUGAAGUCAAUACGUCAGUGAUAAAAUACGAUGAAUAGAAUAUGUACAUUAGAAAAUCACCAUUAUGUUAUUCUUAGUUUUAGAAUGAUGUCAGCAGCAAGUUAAUGAGCGAUACCAUGAAGCUUUGGGUAAGAAGACUUGAAAAUGGCAAUGGUGUUGGAUAAUCAGUCUUUCUUUUAAGCCGUGAAGCUUGUGUUUUUUGUUGAUUUCCUGUUUGGAUAAUGCUUCCAGUAAUUCCAGGGAUAGAUGAUAUCGGUAUCGCUUUUACGAAAUUUAGAACGUUCUGGCCUUAAUUAUCAACGAAAUUACCCAGUUAUUCUUUCUUCUUACCACAAGAAACUUCUUGGUUUUUUUGUCCAUACAGUUAACUGUCGUGUUGCAAAACCAAAACACCCAAUUUUAUUAGUUGCUCAUUCUCAGGCAAUCCUGAAGGUCUUGGUGAAUCCCUUCAGAAUAAAAUUGAGUCUUCCCCUUCCCUUGAGAUAAUUUGGAUUUAGGGAAUACACUUGCAUGCUCUGAAUGUAAAGGUUGAUAAAAUCAAUUCGGUUAAUGUACCAUUAAACUUUCCAUAUAUAGUUUGUCAAAAUAUGGAAGUCUCAAAUAUAGUUCUUGGAAUGGAAUAGUCGCUGUUCGCCAUUAGUUAGACCAAGAUAGAACUGCUCUGAACAUAUGAAGAGUGGUUGCGUACUAGAUUCUUGUGAUCUAAUCAGAUGGCUGAACCAAUUAUUUGUCUACUAGAUUGUAGUAAUGGCUUGCUUUAUUUUGGAUUCUAAGUCAGCAUUAUUGUUGAAAAUAGAGAAAAAACCUCGUCACAAAGGACAGAGCAGAGAAUGGCAGAAACCGUCUCAAGAUUCAUUCAACUGUAACCCCCAUUAUAUAGGGAGUAACGAUACCCAACUUUUACCCAAAAACCCUCAACUAAUUACACUAUUUUCCCUACGACCUAGAACUUCCAACAAUUAUGCUUAGUUCUCCCAGAAUCAAAUUUGUCAAAAUAUGCACUUUAUUAUCAACCAUUACUAAAAAUUUCAAGGCGUAUUUCAGUUUUCAAGAAAUUGCUUCAUUCUAGUCCAUGCAAAGUUCCUUUGAUUGUAACUUUUGAAAUCUUCCUCUUUCCAGAUCUCUUUGACUAUGUUGAAGCCUAUCUGAUUUGAGAACUGACGGGAGAAAAGGAUAGCAAAUGUGCAUUCGUUUAUCGCUAGAAAGGCAUUCUUGACCCAUGUCUUUCUUUCAUUCUUCUUCUCUCCUCUUCUUUUUCAAAGAGAUAGAGUCUUAGUUAUUUUAAGAACCUGUGAGUUGUUGUACAAUGUGAUCAAGAUGAUAUUCGUUUGAUGGAAGUCCAUUCAAUGGGGAUCCUCAUAUCUGAAGAAGUCCUUCAAAGAUCUCAUUCUUAUGCCCCUUUUCUGAAACAUAUUCAUAUCACCCUUUAGAAUUAGUAUGAUGCGUGUGCCCUUGAUUAUUUUGUAAGAGUUAUUAGGCUGGAUGAGUGAUUGUCCCAAGUGAUUCUAAUUUAAGGUUAGGGGUAUCAAUCUUUGUAAGCAUCAAGUUGGUUCUCGAUAUCGAAAGGGUAAAGUGUGGCUAAAACUUCACUUUAGGUAUAAAACUGUACCCUUUCAUCUCAGCAAUUGGUUAUAACUCACUAUAAUUCAUUUAUUUUCACUUUUGUUUACAUUUAUGGGAUGAACUUUUCCUUAAGAAGUAAAGUUUCUUCGUAGAAUAUUAAUUGAAAAGCCCUUUGACGAUUCAAGCUGCUACUAAGGCUAGUCAAACUCCUGCCAUUAUCAAUGUUUCAUACGGUUUUCGGUGUCCACUGAACUUGUCAUUGCCUUGUUGAUCCUGCGUGAUAGGUGGUCCUCUGCUUUGGAAAUUCAGUUGCUUCCACCCGGUGGUUGCUGCAAGAUGAGUUCAACAUUCAGACUACAAAAUGCGACAACUGCAUCAUUGUGAGUCCCCUACCCUCUCUCUCUCUCUCUCUCUCUCUCUCUCUCUCUCUCUCUCUCUCUCUCUCUCUCUCUCUCUCUCUGAAACCACCUGGAAUCUCCUUUCCAAUGAUUUUAAUCUAGCUUUAUUUCUGCUCGGAUUAUUGGGCUACUCCAGACACUAACUGGCUUCUUCACAUGUUUUAGUGUUGCAUGAUCGGUCUCCAACAACUGGCCUGCAUUUUCUCUAUCGUUGCCAUGUGUGUCGGAGGCGAUGAGCUGGGAGAUGCUGCCCAGAUCCUGAACUGUUUAGCUGAUGCUGUAUACUUGACGUACGUUCAUCUCUCCCAUCCUCUUGCUCUCGUAGGGGAUAUUUUGUCCCACAUUCACCUAAAAAUUAACGUUUUUUUCUUGAUUUUUAUUGCAGUGUGUGCGCCUGCAUGCAGGUAAUGGCAACCAGCUCGGAUCCCCUUCUUGAAAAUUAUCUCUGACUUGAUUUUUUUUUUUUUCCUCUUAUUUACCGCACAAGUUGGAUGGAUUCAUCAUCCCCAAUUGCAGACCCAACAUAAGAUUGAAAUGGACAAGAGGGACGGUAAAUUCGGGCAGCCUUCCGUGAUGGCUGUGCCGGCAGUCCAGCAGAUGUCACGCAUAAACCAGCCGAUCCCUCCUGCUGCUGGGUAUCCUCCGCCGGCGUAUGGGCAGGCCUAUGCAUAUGGACCUCCUCAGGGUGCUAACCCGCCACCAGGUUACCCUCCUCAGGGCGCCUACCCGCCGCCAGGUUACCCUCCUCAGGGUGCCUACCCGCCACCGGGUUACCCACCGCGGAGUUAA